GUAUUUUAAAGGUACGUGGUGAAUUUAUACAUCAAAUAAAUCCAUGUGAACACGCAAUAACAUGUGUUAUAGACAUCUUGCCAUUACACUUAUCAAAAUCCCAGAAUUUGGGAAGUUCAAAUGUUUUAACCAUACGAUAUAAUCUUCAUCGGAUUAUUUGAAUUAUUAUGUAUCAUAACCUCUUCAUUAUGUUGUCAUUACUUCAUUGUUAAUUUUUAUUUUUAUAGAAAAUUCUCGAUGAAUGUGUUUGUAAACUGUCUUCCUCAUGAAAAAGCUACUACUAUGGAUGAUUCCAAGGAUCUACCUAGUAAAGUAGCUCUUGUAGAGCGUAACAUUCAACCGCAAGGUAUUCCAUUAAAUGAUCCAGAAGCUGUGGGUAAAAUCUCUCGACAAGAUUUAAUUGCAUUGGCAACGGAAAUAGAAAAAGCAGACAACUUUGUUAAAGCAAAUGCCUGCAGCAAAUUGCAAGUGAUUGUAGACCAAAUAAGGCACCUGAAGAAACAGGCUGAAAAUAUUCUCACAGAAGCUGAUUGGAACAUGAAAUUACAUCAUGUUCCUUGUAAUUUUGUAAAACAUCCUGGACAAGUGUAUCAUUUGUACCAAAAAGAAAGUGGUCAGCUUUACUUAUCCAUGAUUAGUCCAGAAGAAUGGGCUAUAUCAAAUUCUGGACCAGUUCAGACUUACAAGGGUUCCUACAGACUAGAAUAUGAUCAUUCAUGGACAUCUUUAGAAGAGACUGAUAAGAAGAACAAGGAAAUGACUAUAUUGGCUCAACUUUGGUCCAAUAUUUCAACAAAUGCAUUGAAAAGUAUUGAUUUAAAUGUAAAUAUGUAAAAAUUAUAUGUAACAUAUCUGUUUUAAAUAAAUCAUUCAUUUGAAAUGUGUUUCCAA